GGUUAAUUCUUCACCUCGGUUCGGCUAUUUCCACUCUAAACACCUUGCUCACAAAAGGACGCGAGAUUUGACAGCACAUAAAACACACGAUCAAAGUUUUGAAAAGCAACGAGAAGAAGAAACAGCGGGAGAAAAAUAGUCCAGGACAAGUAGAAAUUAGACUUUUCAUUUGUUUACAUCUUCACCCGCUAGAAGAUAGGACACACUUGGGUCAUUUUUUACCAUUUUUCUUUUCCAAAGUUCAAGGCCGAAUGUGCGUGCGUAACGGAUGCAGUGGGAAACUGUGCGCUUGCUUUGCGCAAAUUUGUGAACGUUAAUUCGAACGGCAUAAGCGUUCUGUUAAAAUGCAUCGCGGCAGAUUAUAAUUUACUGCCUUGCCGAUCGACAACCACAUUCAAUAGUGAAACUUGUGUACUUCUGCUAAAGCCAUCAUCGCACCAUGAACGGACCACCGGGUUUAUCUAUUUUCAACGAUGGACUUAGCAUCAACCUUAACAACAGUGCGCUCGAUAAGCAGCGUGCCAGGGAGGAGGAGGAGCUUCUCGAGGAUCAAAAGCGGCUUCAGAAUCAGCUGGCUACCGAGAUGGAAACUGCAUUCGACGAUGUGGAAUGCGACGACAACGAUACGUUAGAUUCCUUUACCCAUCGAUACUCCGAUGGUGAUGACGAUGACGAUACCGGGCGAAGCGGCAAACGACCACCGGCUCCGUCUGAGCCGUUGCCAGGAAUGUCUUCAAUUCCCAUGAUUGGACACGCAGCCGAACAGUUGGGACAAGUGCAUCCCAUGAAUGAUUAUGGGGGAGCGGCUGCACGAGAAUUACGGUUGCUGCUUGAAUCGAAAACCCGUGAGCUCGAGCACGUUACGAGAGAAUUGUACGAACAGCGCCAUAAACACGACCAGCAAAUUGGUGAGCUGGAAAAAAAGCUGCUGAUCGAGCAAGCGGAAAAAGAUCGUGCCAACAUGACGUGCAUCCAGACCCGCGAACUGUUGGUGCAGAGCAAGACGAAGAUUUCUGAAACGGAGGACAUGAAUGAUAAGCUUCGCGCCAAGAUAUCCGGACUGGAGGACGAAAAUGUGAAACUCGUUGGCGAGCUGGAACAGAAAAACGUUAUGCUGCAAGAUAGUCUGCACCGUUACCGGAUGUUGGAGCAAAAUUCGACCCAAAAAGCCGACCGCCACACGGAUGCGUUGCUGAAGCAGACGGAGGAACGGCACAACGCAAAGGUAACCAUGAUGCAGCAGCAGAUCGACAAUCUGCGAAGCGAGCUGGAUACACGGCAGCAGGAUGGUCGACGGCUAGAGGCACGCUACGCUGAACUCCAGAAAUCGCGCGAAGCCAUGCUCAUGGAGCAGUCCGAAACGGUGCAACGGUUGCAGGAUCAGCUGGAGGACUCGCAGCGCCAGUGUUCGAAUUUGCUGUCCAAGAGCAAAAACCAGGGCGAUUUCGAGCAGGAACGAUUACGAAUGCGCAAUCGCAUCCAUGCGCUUGAGCAGGAACAGUCCGGAAUGCAGCAAACGAUUCACAAUCUAACGAAUCGGCUGGAGAAAACGAAUGUCGAACUUGAGCUGAUGGAUAGCAUAAUACAUGGUGGUCAGCCGGACAUCGAAGAGGAAGAACCCGCAGGCGACGGCAAAAGGUUGCUCAAUGCUGCCGAUGCAACCACGGGCGCAUAUACGUUUGCGCAGCGCAAUCUGAUCGGGAGCACGCCGAACAACAAUGCACCGAGCUUGCGUGAUCGAGGAGGUGGUGAUAGCGACAAUCGGGUGGUAAGGCUUAAGAAUGAGCUGCGCGUUUGUAUGACUGGGCAGAAGGAGAAGCGGGAAUUGAUACGGCAGCUAGAAGCAAACCUACAGGCGAAAGAUCGCGAGCUGGAGCAGCUGAAAAAGGACGAGAGCGAAACACUGGUACAGAUGAACCAAUACAAGGAAGAAGCGUUCAGGCUUGCGUCCAAGUGUAGAAUAUUGGAACAAGAGCUGGAAAAGCUAACAACAGACGAAUCGAGCACGAGAAAGAACCACGAACGAUCGAUCACUACCGGUAGCGGUGGCUUAAACCGCCGACGAUCAAGCAGCGAUCUGCGGCAGGAAGCAUUUCUCGAGGAUAAGAUCUUCACCCUACAGCAAGAAAAGCUGGCGGCAGACGAACAGAUCCAAAUGCUGGAACGUGAAAACAAACAGCUGUCCGAGAAGUGUGCAACGGCAACCAACGAUUCCAGUUGCGUUGCUACACUAAAGCUCGAAGUGGAAAAGCAAAAGUUUCUCCUGCUGGACGCGCAAAAAGAAUGCGAUCGUUUGAAGCGUCUGUACAUUGAGGUGAGUGGAGCAAAAGAAGAGCUCGGCCGGGAGCUGGCCACGUUACGGUCGCAGGACAGUGCGAAGCAGAUUGCGGUCUUGCAAGAGCAGGUCGUUUCGCUGGAACGAGCCCUUCAGUUGGCGGAACUGAAGGCGAGCGAAUUGGCGAAGCUGCUUGAUAAGGAGAAGACCGAUCAUGAGCAGCUGAUGAGGCAAAUGUCCAGCAGUAACAUGCGGAUGAGUGAUGGAAAAGCCAAUAAUGCUGCUGGAAGCACCACUUGUCCAAAGUGUAUCGAUGGAUUAACUCAACUCUCAAAGUUGGAGAUAGAAAAUCUGAAACUUCAAUCAUCCUGCUCGUCGCAACUGCGUGAGAUAGCCGAACUUAAGGUUCAAUUAAACGAUCAGCUGGCGACUGUGACGGAGCUUCACAAACGACUCGAUCUAAAGGCAGAACGCGAUCAGCUGAUAGACGAGCUGAAGGAAAAGGCAGCCCAGUUCGAGCAGAUCAUUCGGAACCAAAUUUCGAACAACUCCUCCAGCACAACGUGCGACAGUGCCACUUCGCCGCGAAAAGUCUCAUCCCGAGAUGUGAGCGUUGGGACGGACGAAGAGCUAACCAGGGAUCCCCCACUUGAAGAUCCCGAAACGCGACGACAGUUGCGCGAGCUAGAGCAAAAGGUGCGCGAAGAGGUGGCAAAGGUGUACGCCGGGAAGGUUAACCAGAUCGAAGAAAAAUUCUUCGCCCAGUUCAAUCGGUUCAAGGAAAACAUCGAUACGCUCAAGAACGAACUGUACGAUCGGGUUGCCGAGCUGAAGGUACGCAAUCAGGAGGUUGAAGUGCUCAAGUGUGCCAUUGUGACGGAGCGUGAAAAAAUGACCGAGCUGUUGACACAAAAGGACACGGAUGCACGUUCGCUGUUCGACAAGCAGUCGGAGCUGAUGGGCAAGUACAAGGCGGAACUAGCGAAUGGUCAGAAGAAGGUGCAAUUUCUCGAGCGUGAGCUGCAGGAGAAACGGGAACUCGUUGCCAGCGAACGGCAAUCGAUGGAGAAGCUAAUUGCGCAGAUCACUGCUGAACGGAAAAUGUUCCACGAGCGGGAACAGGAGAUGAACGAUCGGUUCAAGGAGGUUGAGGUGGAGUACCAGAAGAGCCUCGAUUUGGUAACGGAAAAGUACCAAUCAGCCAAGAAAACCGCACUCAACUAUAAGAAAUAUGCGGAGGACAAGGAGCAGCACAUGCUGAAGGAGUACGAUCGCAUUAAGGAAGGUUAUAAUGUUGCGCUACAAAAGGUACAAACCCGCAUGAAGGAAGCGUUGGAAAGCAAGGAGCAAAGCUUGCGCGAAAGGAUUGCCAAACUCGAAACCGAAUACGAAACGAAACUGCAGCGUAUCGGACAGAAAAGUUAAAAGUCGCUAAGGUCAAUGUAUAUACACAACCAUGACGAUAUUGCUGUACAUGCCAUCAAAAACUGCCUUAUAGAAAAAUGCAAACUGCCGGGCAAAAAAUGCGAUGGACUGUAUCUUCUGUACCACUCAAAACAAUUGUGUUUCGGAUUGGACUUUAAGUGCAGAAUGUACCAUACUUUGCUCUCUCUCCCUCACUUAAUAGCUAGAGCCACGGACGAACGAUUGCAUAGGAAAAUGUAACACCAAGCCAAAAGAAAAGCUUCAUGGGCAAAUUAAUCCGAUGUCGAAAAAUGAAGGCCGAAAGGAUGCAACGGUUUUGGCACGCUGUGAAAAUGCACAAACAUACGAAUAAUGUGCUCCUGGAGAACAUUACUACGUGCCUGGUGUAAGCAGGGACAAAGAAGUAUUUUGCCAUUAGUAUUUAUACUCAUAAUCACACUGCCUUGUGCUUGUAGUAAUCAAAAAGUGGCGUAUUAUACAUAACGUAGUAAAAAGCCAUUUUCAUUGCUUAUUUAAAAAAAUCAAUCCCUUGUUGAAAAUGUAAAAA